AGCGGGCGGCGCAGGUGCAGGGCUGCUGGUACCAGGGUGUCAUGGAAGGGCUGCUGACAAGAUGCAGAACACUGUCUGCCUUGGCUGCCUGCAGCCGCCAGCACUCCAGGUACGUUGUCCACAAGUGCCACCACUUGUGUGGUGAACCAGGAAGAGGGCAGCGCUUGGUAUUGUCCCGCAUGUUCCAGCCUCAGAACCUUCGGGAAGACCAGGUGCUUUCCCUGGAGGGCAGAGCUAGCGACUUGACUUGUAAGAGCCAACGGCUGAUGCUUCAAGUGGGCCUGAUCCUCCCAGCAAGCCCUGGCUGUUACCACCUCAUGCCCUACACAGUCCGUGCCAUGGAGAAGCUUGUGAGGGUAAUAGACGAGGAGAUGCAGGCCAUCGGGGGGCAGAAAAUCAACAUGCCCAGCCUCAGCCCAGCUGAGCUGUGGCGAGCCACCGGCCGCUGGGACCUGAUGGGCAGAGAACUGCUAAGACUGAGAGACAGGCACGACAAAGAGUAUUGCUUGGGGCCGACUCAUGAGGAAGCAGUAACGGCCCUGGUGGCCUCCCAGAAGAAACUGUCCUACAAACAGCUCCCCUUACUGUUGUACCAGGUUACGAGGAAGUUUCGGGACGAGCCGAGGCCCCGUUUCGGUCUUCUCCGUGGCCGGGAGUUCUAUAUGAAGGACAUGUACACCUUUGACUCCUCCUCUGAGGCCGCCCAGGAGACCUAUGGCCUGGUGUGUGAUGCUUACUGUAGACUGUUUGACAGGCUGGGGUUGCGAUGGAUGAAAGCCCGGGCCGAUGUGGGCAGCAUCGGGGGCACAAUGUCCCAUGAAUUCCAGCUACCCGUGGAUAUUGGAGAGGACCGCCUUGUAGUCUGUCCCAGCUGCCACUUCUCAGCCAACACAGAGAUACUAGACUUGUCACAAAAAACCUGCCCUGACUGCCAGGGUCCACUGACAGAAACCAAAGGCAUUGAGGUGGGGCACACGUUCUACCUCGGUACCAAGUACUCCUCCAUUUUCAACGCCCAGUUUACCAAUGCCCACGGGGAAUCUUCGCUGGCUGAAAUGGGGUGCUAUGGCCUGGGAGUCACUCGGAUCCUGGCUGCUGCCAUUGAAGCUCUCUCUACAGAGGACUGCAUCCGCUGGCCCAGCCUGCUGGCCCCUUACCAAGUCUGCCUCAUCCCCCCUAAGAAGGGCAGUAAGGAGGCGGCAGCCACAGAGGUUGUGGAGCGCUUAUACGAUGACAUCAUGGAGGCCGUGGCUCAGCUCCGAGGGGAGGUCCUGCUGGAUGACAGGACGCACCUGACCAUCGGAAACAGACUGAAGGACGCCAACAAGCUUGGCUACCCCUUCGUGAUCAUUGCCGGCAAGAGGGCCCUGGAGGACCCCGCAUACUUUGAGGUUCAGUGCCAGAACACUGGUGAGGUGGUCUUCCUCACCGAAGAGGGAGUCAUGGAACUACUGACUGGUGUGCAUGUCGUCUAAGUGCCCAAGCACACCUGUCCCCAGGCCUGGUGUGCACUGUGACACUGUGGUUCCCUGCACUUCUCUCUUGGUGGUCUCUAGAAAUGGCUUCUUGUGGAAGGUGAGACUGUGUUAGGGAGACUGUACUCACUCCCUGCUUGUGAUGGUUUGUAUUUUAGUCAUUAACUCGAGCCUCCGGGCUGGUCAUGCCGCCAUGUACCAUUCCUUUUGCACAGGGACACUUCUGUUCGGAGAC